UUUAGAUGUUGCCUCCUGGACGCCUUUCUUUCUUUUUUAAAUCUCAUUAGCCCCUUCGUGUUUUAUUUGGUCUCUCGCAUUAUAGACAGAUCCUCUAUGUCGGAUUUUGCAUCAGCGCUGCUCGACUCUUUUCCCCUAUCGCUACUUUUAUCGGGUCUCAUCGCAAUGGGCCUUCUCUCUUGGGUGCGCCCGAGCGGGCGAAUCUCUUUUUUUCACGCAAAGGACAAUAAGCUCUAUCUGACCAAGAAGUCCAGUCCGUCAGGAGCAAAGGAGCAAACAACCUUGGUUGAUAUCUGUCGCGAUGUGACUCCCGACACUUGUCAUCUUAACCCAUUGUUGUUCAAUGGUCAUCUGCAGACUAUGUACACGGUCUUGAAACAUGAUAGUGUUCCCGUGUACUAUAAGCGGAAGAUGUUUGAAGCGGAUAGCGCUAUGUUCUCGGGGACAUAUGCGAUUGACUUUGUCGUUCGACCGUACGAGAUGCCGCCCGACGGCGAGUUGACGGAUCAGGCGAGAAAGUAUACUCAGCCAUCUGGUUUGCCGCCUCGUACGUCGUUUUACUCGGAGGAGGAGUUUGCUGGUAUUGCUUCGGAUGAUACAAAGCCCAUGCUGGUUGUUCUUCAUGGGUUGAGUGGAGGGUCGCACGAGGUGUAUUUGCGCCAUGUUCUUUCACCGCUUGUUGCUGAUGGCGCGUGGGAGGCCUGCGUGGUUAAUUCGCGGGGUUGCUCGCAGACGAAAAUCAGCACGGGAGUGUUGUAUAAUGCGCGCGCAACAUGGGAUGUGCGCCAGUCCGUGAAGUGGCUUAGAAAGACCUUCCCUAAUCGACCUUUGUUCGGCAUUGGAUUCUCGCUGGGUGCCAAUAUUCUGGCUAAUUAUCUGGGCGAAGAAGGCGACCACUGCCAAUUGAAGGCUGCAGUGCUCUGUGCCAGUCCCUGGAACUUGGAUGUCGGCUCCGUUCGCUUGCAAAGCUCUUGGCUAGGUAAGGAGGUGUACAGCAAGACGAUGGGCUCAAGCAUGAAGAGACUUUUCGAAGCCCACGCUGAGGAAGUGUCUAAGAACCCCCGCAUCGAUGCUGAGGCGAUUAGAAACAUCACUUAUCUACAUGAGUUUGAUCGAGCCCUCCAAUGUCCCACAUGGGGUUACCCGACCGAGGGUGCCUACUAUCGUGACGCUGCCUCUACGGACGCAAUGCUUUCCAUCCGCAUCCCAUUCUUUACUGUGCAAGCCGAGGAUGAUCCCAUCGCUUCCCGCGAUGCAUUGCCAUUCCACGAAAUGACUCAGACCCCAUACGGUGUCAUGCUGACCACUUCCUGGGGUGGCCACCUCGGCUGGUUCGAACUCGGCGGUGACCGUUGGUUCGUCAAGCCGGUGACAAACUUCUUGAACAAGAUGGCCCAAGAAUUCGACAUGUCCAUCCCCGGCGUUGUUGAGUAUCCCGAGAAGCUCCCUGGGCAUAUCGCUAGCCACCCUGGCCUUGACAAAGACCCUGACUUGGCUCCAAAGCCCGAGUUCCGCCCUGUCAACCGCAAGCUCGAUAUGAAGCUGUCCAAGUAAUGUCGGCACCGUUCACGUAAAAUCUUCAAAAUCUUCCGCGGCCAUUAUGUUUCCUGGCUUUUUGGGGGCUUGCGCGGAAUUUUGGCUUCGUUUUACAUACAAUAUACAUUUAGACUAAUUUCGGAGUUCUUCAGCGAGU